UGCUUGCCAGCCCUCUCGGCAAGGGAGGACUCCGUUUGCUUGAGAGGACUUGAGUAGAAUUUUAGGGAAGAAGUCCAGGUAUCACCGGCAAUGUUGUGUGUUUUGAGAAUGAUGUCUUAACAGGAUCUGUUUUAGAGAGACACCUCAACAUGAAAAUGGCUUGGAUAACCAGAGGCUUCCUUGAGGUAAGUGGGCGGUCAGGUGAAGAUGACUGCCAACAAGAGCACCAAGGCCGCACCCAGAACAGGAGUGGGUAAGGAGGCCCAGGAGAUCCCCGACAGGUGCCAGUCUGUUUCCCCUCCUCCCCUUCUCACGUCUGGCAAGGGCUUGUGCCACACCUCCCUCAACGACCGCGAGGACUCGGCGCCGCUGUCCAGGUACGCCAGAGGCAACUGCAAGCACCUGAGCCUGCGGAACUGGCAAGAGAAGAGUGCCAGCCUGCGCACGGGCGCCCCGCUCUCUGCCGACUUCGAGUCCCAGAGCCGACUCAUCAAGGCCAGGAGCAUCAGCUGCCUGGACAAGAGGCUCUCCAUCUUCAAGCCCACCACACCGGCCGACGCGGGAAGCCAGGAGCCGAAAGAGAACCAGCAGCAGCAGCAGCAGCAGGAGCAGGAGGCUGACCAGGCCAAGGAGGGUCUGAGUGCGGGGCCUCUGAGCUGGAGCACGCUCUCCCUGGGGCCCAGCUCGUCCACCUCCUUCUCCACAGCGGCCAACAACGGCCACAAGCGCACCUUCUCGCUUAGCCGCACCGGCGGCGUAGGCCCCUACUCAGCCACCAUCCGCAAGAAGAUCUCGGAAUGGGAGUGUCGACGUGUGUCUCUCCCUAGGAUGAGCCUGUGUCUGGACAAGAGGCCGGGGGGCGGUGGAGAGCGGGUGGGGGGGGGCGGGGACGGUCUCCCGCCUUCGCCCUGCAGCGAGAAGAGCUUUGACUUCAAGGGCGGGCGCAGGAUGAGCACGGCCUUUUCGGAGUGCUCCUACCCUGAGACGGAGGAGGACGAGGUGUUGACGUCCGACAGGGAGUCCGUGGGACGCUUCCAGAAGAAGUUGGGGAAGACCGAAGGGUCCGGCGUCUUCCUGCGCUCCCUGACGGCACGCAAGGAAACCUCGGCCGUUCUCAACCGGAUACAGAAAAUCGAGCAGGCGUUGAAGGACAGUCCCACUCCGUCCCCACCCCAGUAUCUCAGCAACUGCUACGGCCUGGACAAGGGGCGGCACAAGUCGUUCACCAUCGGUGGACUGGAGGACUUGGACAGUGCCUGCGGCAGUAAGCGGAGCAGUAUCUGCUCCAUCGCCACUGAGCCAGACCUGGCGCCGGCGUCCGACAGGCUCUCCAAGCUCCGUCAGCGGUUCAGCAUGUGCUCUGCCCGCUCCGAGAGUCCCGAGCCUCCGGCUGCCAGUCCUGGCGGCACGCCGGUCAACCCUUUGCCCAAACCCAGACGCACCUUUGAGUAUGACGCCAACCGCAACCAUAAGGGCGCGACCCCCAGCAACGGACUACCUCCCACGUGCGAGUCGCCACCACCACUGCCCUCGACCCCUGCCCCCUCCCUCUCACGGAACCCCAAGACUGACCGAGGCUCCUCCAAAAAGACCCAGGAUAGGGAGUCGUUUGAGUCCGAGGAUGCCGCCAGCUUACCCUCCUCCUACCCGUCCUCUCCCACCGAGAACGGCACGACCUCCACGGGCACGCCCAGUCGCCCCAGCUCCAAGAGCCCGCAAGAGGAAAACGCCUACGAGGACAUAGUGGAAUCUAUGCGGGAGAACCCGUAUGAGGACGUGGACCUGAAAGGACGGAUUUUGGGUCGGAAGUCUCGAGGGUCACUGAACCAUUUAUGGUCCUCUCAGGAUCGGAAGCUGAAUUCUCCUCCUCAGCUGCCCUCUAAACCGAGCAGUCAGUCGUUGCGGUUGCCUGGGCCUACAGACAGGACACACACGCAGAGGCUUCUGAAGCUCCAGUCCAUGCUGCGGCGGGCUCCCAGCUAUCGCACCCUGGAGCUGCAGCUCUUGGAGUGGCAGGAGCGGGAGCUGUUUGAGUACUUUGUGGUGGUUUCCCUCAAGAAGAAGCCCACCAAGAACUCCUACACCCCUGAGGUUACCUACCAGUUCCCCAAGCUAGAGAGGCCCACCAAGCAGAUGCGGGAGGCUGAGCAGAGACUCAAAGCCAUCCCUCAGUUCUGCUUCCCAGAUGCCAAAGACUGGACUCCUGUGGCCGAAUACAGCAGUGAGACCUUCUCCUUCAUGCUCACUGGAGAGGAUGGCAGCCGGCGGUUUGGCUACUGCAGGCGUCUCUUGCCGAGCGGAAAGGGGCCUCGCCUGCCAGAGGUCUACUGCGUCAUCAGCAGGCUGGGCUGUUUCGACCUGUUCUCCAAGAUCCUGGAUGAGGUCGAGCGGCGUCGUGGCAUCUCGGCCGCUCUGGUCUACCCCUUCAUGAGGAGCCUGAUGGAGUCGCCCUUCCCCGCACCCGGGAAGACUAUCAAGGUCAAGACCUUCCUGCCUGGAGCAGGGAAUGAGGUGAUUGAGUUGCGGCGGCCGAUGGACUCUCGUCUGGAGCACGUGGACUUUGACAGCUUGUUCAGCUGCCUGAGUGCGAGGCAGGUGGUGCGCGUCUUCGCCUCCCUGCUGCUGGAGCGCAGGGUCAUCUUUGUGGCCGAAAAACUCAGCACCUUGUCUAGCUGUGUGCAUGCGGUGGUGGCCCUCCUGUACCCGUUCUCCUGGCAACACACCUUCAUCCCUGUGCUGCCCGCCUCCAUGGUGGACAUCGUCUGCUGCCCGACGCCCUUCCUGGUCGGGCUCCUCUCCAGCUCCCUGCCCAAGCUCAAGGAUCUGCCCGUGGAAGAGGCUCUCAUGGUGGACUUGGGGACAGACCGUUUCAUCAGACAGAUGGACGAUGAAGCCUCACUUUUACCGAGAAAACUGCAAGCUGCCCUCGAACAAGCUCUGGAGCAAAGGAAUGACAUCAUCAAUCAGGACUCUGACAGCGAAUCAGAUGAAGAGUGCAACACUCUGAACAGCCUGGUGUCCGAGGCCUUCAUCCGCUUCUUCCUGGAGACCAUCGGCCAUUACUCUCUGUUCAUGACCCAGGGCGAGCGAGGUGAGCGCGCCUUCCAGCGUGAGGCCUUCCGCAAGUCUGUGGCCUCCAAGAGCAUCCGCCGUUUCCUGGGUGUCUUCAUGGAGUCCCAGAUGUUUGCUGGCUUCAUCCAAGACCGUGAGCUGAGAAAGAGUAGGGCGAAAGGUCUGUUUGAGCAAAGAGUGGAGCAGUACUUGGAAGAGUUACCAGACACAGAGCAGAGUGGAGUCAAUAAGUUCCUGAAAGGAUUAGGGAACAAAAUGAAGUUCCUCCAUAAAAAGAGCUGAGGGAGUCAUUUGCUGAAGAAAAAAAGCUUCAAUCCUGCUUUUGAAGACCUGAAGGACAUCAAACAAACUGCUACAGAAACAGACUUUGUCGAAUGCUCUUUGCCGCAGGAAUUCAUUACUUUAUCUGGGCAAUUUUGACGGACUAUAUUAUUGUACCAGAAUGAAUGCCACCACAGGGCCAAUGAAUUACUUGACAACAGAAACUGCAAAUUCACUGAUAAGCCUACUUCGCAUGGUAGAUGCAUAGCAGUUUCCCCCUUCGAGUUUACUUUCCGUGUCUAAUCUUUGAAUGAAAAGAAUGAUGUCAAACAAAAAGUAUGCGCAUUUGACCGUUGUACAUAUUUCACUGUAAAUUGGCUGUGAUAAACUCCGUGUAGUGUGUUAUAUUUAGGUACCAUGUUUAUGAACUAGUGUUUCAGUAGGAUGGUACUGAGCAACUGUGCAUUAUCGUGUCUGAAUAACCACUGACGGUGAGUUUGAUAUGUGCGUGUGUGUGUGGAGAGAUGUGUAGAGCAGAUGUACAGAUGUCGAGAUUAGUUUUAUAUUUAACGUUAGGGUUAACCUUUCAUGGAAAGAAAAUGUUGAAAGAGGAUGCAUCUUUAGAGGUUUUUGUACAUGCAUUAACAUAUGAAGAAAAGUAUUGCUCAAGCCUUCCAAUGCUUUAUCAAAUGUUUUAAAAUAAAGCUUUUGAAUUAAAACA